AUGCGCGAUGCCUUGGAAGCAAGCCACCAGUUGGUCACCAGUUUGUGCUCGGCUUGUGCGAUGGUACAAGCAUGGGUUCUUCAGCUGGACGAAUGCGCCAAGGAGGAGUACUUCCUCGCCCAUCAAGUUGAAGUAGCGCAAUGCUCCUCUUGUGGUCAACAGACGCGUUUUCCACGCUACAACGAUCCAGCCAAAUUGUUGGAGACUCGCACUGGCCGGUGUGGUGAAUGGGCCAACUGCUUCACUCUCAUUUGUCGCUCUCUCGGCUACGAGGCCCGUCAUGUUCACGAUUGGACCGACCACGUUUGGACUGAAAUCUUUUCCGAUUCCGCACAGCGAUGGAUUCAUGUGGAUUCCUGCGAAGCUGCUGUCGACUCGCCUUUGAUGUAUGAGACAGGAUGGGGCAAGAAGCUGACGUAUUGCAUUGGCUUUGCUCGGGACCAUGUUGUGGAUGUGACGAGAAGAUACACCAAGAAGUUUGAGAAGGAACUGCUUCCGCGUCGAACGGCGUGUAAAGAAGAGGUUUGUCGUUCAGUGGUUCAGAUGUCCUUGCUGCACGCCACGCACAUUCU